CCAGCUCUCCUCCCGUCUCUCCUGACGCAAGCAAAGAAGAGGAUUUUGCGUCAGGCGUGGGGCGGAGGCGGAGGCGGCAGGCGUCGCCGUCCUGGCGAUGCCGCUGCCAGGUCGGGUACCCUCCGCUCUCCCUUGGAGCCGGGGACCGGAAAUGGCCUGGGUGCGCCGACGCCCGCGAUGUCGUCGCGUUUUCUGGCCGUCCCGCUAGGACCCUGUCACUGUCCCGACAUGCUCGGUGCCGACGGCGAGGCCCCGCCAACGUCCAGGAGAACGCGUGCGCGCCGGAGCCAUGGAGUGAGCUGCCGCACCUCAGAGGCUCAGACCUCAGUUCAGUAAUUUGCUCGCUGCAUCGCUUGCUUGAUACUCUGUCUUAGUCUCUGAUGUCUCUCACCUGUUUGUCGCUAUGCCUCUGAGGUUUCACUAGUUUGAACGGCAGGGUAUUCCGAGGUGGUCACCUAAGUUCCAGCUAAACAAAUACCCAGAUACUGGGAGAAGGUGCGUCAGAGCGUGCAUUUAAAAAUGGCAGAGCAAGGUUGAAAUUCCAGUGCACACACCAUUUGAAUGGAUUCUCUAUCCCUUAAACCAGUCAAGAAUUAUCUGAGUUCUGGGGUCAAAGUACUUUUCUUUAUCCGCAUCCACAUGGUGGCAUCAUCAUGCCCUUCACAUAUAUAUAUGUGAUUGGCCUCACGAGCUGAAUAUGGCUCUCUGCGUCAUUCAUCAAAAUCAUAGGAUGCGUGUGGUAGCCAUAGCAGCGCUGCACCUGCUGCAGCUUCAGUCCAUCACACCAGUUCUCCUCGCAGACACCAACCUAGCAUUGCCUGGUUGCAUUAGCAAGUGCGGAGAGGUCAGGGUACCUUACCCGUUCGGUGUCGGUGCCGGGUGCUACCGCCAGGGGUUCAAGCUCACCUGCAACGAGACCUACAACCCACCUAAGCUCUUUUUGGAGUUGGAUAAUACCAGAGCUGAGGUGCUCGACAUAUCUCUGCAUCAUGGGAAGCUCUACGUUGAUAAUGGUAUUGUCAGUCUGACUGGGAGCAAUAGGUAUAAUAUGACCUGGGGGAUCCCCCUUGAUGAAAGCAUCUUCACAGUAUCCCCGUUUUGGAACAACUUUGUCAUCAUGGGCUGUGGGUUCGAGUUUCUUGUCAGCCUGCCACAUGUAAACGACACGGUCGUUAGGUGUACAUCAUCGUGCCUGCGUGGACGUCCUGUGGUAGCCACCGAUGGCUUGUGCUCUGGUGUUGGCUGCUGUGAGGCAUCCAUGCCAGGAGCAGGCAACAUGUAUUCAAUUGAGCUUGCCUCUUACACUGCAAGUAAUGACUUGGCCAGGCAAGGGCAGCCGUUCAACGCUACCUUGGUCAUGGUGGAGAACGAGUGGUGGGAUAAAGACAACCAUUCUAUGUUGUUGCAGAAGGCAGUCUCAGAUGGUCUAGUCACAUCAUGGGACAUAUCUAGCUCUGCUGGGCCGGUGCAGACCAUGGCUGUUGUUAAGUGGAAUUUCAGCAACUUGUCUUGUGCCGAUGCUUGGAGCUCAAGUGAUUUUGGGUGCCGCAGCUCCAAUAGUUACUGCCAUGAUCACUGGACUGGCGAAUCAUCAGGGUACAUAUGCCGCUGCAGUAAUGGCUAUGAGGGCAACCCUUACAUACCAAAUGGGUGCCAAGAUAUUGAUGAGUGCACAGAUCCAGAUAAAUACGAAUGCUUCGGCCACUGUAUUAACACGGAUGGAUCUUACAAUUGCAUCUGUCCACGCGGCACCUCAGGCAACCCCCAGAAACCACAUGGAUGCAUCAAAGCCGCAGAAAAAUUUUCAGGAUUAGCUGUUGCUACAGGGUUUGGCAGUGGCGCAUGCCUUCUGCUUCUGACUUUUUCUGCUAUUCUCUUAAGGCGAAAGCUAAGAGCCCAAAAGGCCAAACAGUUGAGAGAUUUUUUCUUCAGGAAAAACCGUGGGUUAUUGUUGCAACAGCUAGUAGACAAGGACAUUGCUGAAAGGAUGAUCUUCAGCCUAGAAGAGCUAGAAAAGGCAACGAAUACGUUCGAUGAGGACCGAAAGAUCGGCAAAGGAGGCCAUGGCACCGUCUACAAAGGCAUAUUGUCUGACCAGCGUGUCGUUGCCAUUAAGAGGUCGAUGCGAGCAAUCCAAAGUGAAACCGACAAUUUCAUCAAUGAGGUAGCCAUUCUUUCUCAAAUAAACCACAGGAAUGUGGUAAAACUCUUCGGAUGCUGUCUGGAGACAGAAGUUCCACUGUUAGUCUAUGAGUUCAUUUCAAAUGGAACUCUUUACGAGCAUCUUCAUGUUUGUUCUUCACUAUCAUUGCCAUGGAGGGAACGACUGAGAAUUGCUCUUGAAGUUGCGCGAUCUCUUGCGUAUCUACACUCAGCUGCUUCUAUGUCAAUAAUUCACAGAGAUAUCAAGGCCACUAACAUCCUACUUGAUGAUAAUUUAACAGCCAAAGUGUCAGACUUUGGAGCUUCUCGAGGCAUCCCUAUUGAUCAGACUAGAGUAACAACUGCCAUUCAAGGAACUUUUGGAUAUCUAGAUCCAGAGUGCUACAACACGAGACAGCUCACUGAGAAGAGUGACGUGUAUAGCUUCGGUGUCAUGCUACUGGAGCUGUUAACAAGGGAGAAACCGCAUAUUUACAUGUCACCGUCAGGUUGCAGUCUAGUGGAACAGUUUCUCUUGCUACAGAACCAAGACAAGCUCUCUGAGAUACUAGACCCUCAAGUCACCAAGGAAGGGGAUGAAGAUGCCAGAGAAGUGGCAGAGGUCGCAGCAAUGUGCAUAAGCCCAAGCGGGGAAGAUAGGCCCACGAUGAAGCAAGUCGAGAUGAGACUUGAGGUGCUACAAAAUGCGUCAACCAACAUCGGAAACGAUCCAAGAACCGAGGAACACAUCGUGAACAUUCUUUCAGCUGGGCAGAAAAGCGGCAGUACUGAUGGGAGCAGGCGGUUCAGUAUGGAAAGGGAGAUCUUGCUAUCCAUGGACUUCCCACGGUAACACGAGUUACUUUGUGUAUAGAUGGAAAUUUUAGCGUACAUCUUAGCCAUGACCUUGUAACUAAUGAGCAGGGUACAUGUUUGUAUUGUGCUUUUCAUGUCUUUUGAUACAAGCUUCUGAGGUUCAGACCUGUACGUCAGAUGUAUAUUUGUCCAACUAAUACCUAGCCUAAAAAUGUAGGGAAUGUAUAUAUCUCUCCCCUUGCUGGCACUCUGCUGAUGAACUUUGGGCCUUUCAACCACCUGCCUGCCGUUUUUUCCCCUUUCAGAUAAGGAAGCAAAGAUCAUAUCUGAACGUGAUAUCACAGGAA